AUGCUUGCCCUGAACGAAAAUAAAAUGAAUAUAAGAUUGGUGUGUGAAAUAAUAGCUAUGAUUUUGCUACACGUCAUAUUUUACAAGGUGUCCAUUUAUUACUUACUGAGGCAUUUAGACAUUUUAAAUCAUUCGAAUAAAUUUAAUAAGAACAUUUUUUUCAUAACCUUCUUAGUUUGUAUGUCUAUCUUUUCGCUUUUCCUCUUUGAAUUAUCCAACAUAGUGUCCAAUGGUACCAUUACGUACAUUUGGCACAUUGACAUAUGUGUCCUAGUCUUCUUGCUGUAUAUAGUUAUUCCAGUAGAAUUUAUAAACACUAUAUUUGACUCGAGUAAUUACAAAGAAAUCCUUUCUCCAGAAUUUAACUCCCACUCGCAUAUCAAAUUGAUAAAAGAAUAUUAUAUAAAAAUAAGUGCCAUUUAUAAGGAACAAAAUGGAAUUAGCAAAAAAAUAAAGAAGCAUUUUUUUCUCAUUCGAAGCAUCAUAUUUUUAUCAUUUCUUUGGCUAAGUUUAGGGAAAUUAAAAAAUAUGAUUUACAAGAAGAAUUACAAUUAUGUCAUAGCAGAUGAUAACACGCUCAAUAUAAGGAAGUAUCUGUUGUAUAGUCAGCACGCUGAGAUUCAGAAGAGAAAUAAAAACAAAUUCUUUAAUAAGACCAUUUUUUACUUACUGGAAAGGAAGAAAAAAUGCCUUAAUUACUACUCCGUCGCAUUUCGAAACUUCCAUCAAUAUUACAACAAGGGGCAAGAUGAAGGUGGACAAACGAUGGAAGAAAACAAAUCGAUAUUUAAAAAAUGUAUUGAACGAAUCUAUAACAUUAUCGGCAUCAUCUGCUUUAUGUUUCUACAUUACUUAAUGUUGUUGUACAGAUUUAUAAUCGGAGAGCUCCUAAUAAACAUCUGUGCCCUCGGAGUAACGACCAAUUCUAUCGUCGCGGGCAUAUCCUCCAUGUAUUUUAUUUACGAUUACAUUAUCACCUUCGUCUAUUAUGUACAUAUUCCGAAGAUACAAAUGAAGAUUUAUAACAUCGAAGAAAGUAUACUAAUUAACUUCACUAAUUAUAUGUUUAAAAAGGAAGAACUCCAAAAGUUGCAAAGUAACUUUAACAUCCAUUCAAAACGAUUUCUGUACGAUGCAAAAAGGGGAGGAUCUCCUGGGGGGAGUGUGGUUCCUGUUAGGAAUGCUUCCCCUUUGGAAGUACCAGAAAAAAACAAUGCAAAGUGCUAUAAGGAAAAGCAAGUUCCAUCCAAAGAGGAACAGGAACAAAAUAGUGAACAAGGACUUAAUGCGCGAAGUAGAGUUGCAAUAAUGAGGAAAAAAAAAAACUCUCCCAAGAAAGCUUCCGUACUUGUGAACUUCACCAACCGGUUAAAAAAUAUGUGCACCUUUAAAGAUAGCAGCUUGUUAAACUAUAGGGAUAGCGCCGGACAAGUGAGAACCAGCGACUUUGCCUUUUUGGAGAACAAGCAGAGGCACUCCAGAGGGACUAAGAAGAAACACAAGAGACUCAGUACGCACCAUUUUGAGCAAUCAAAAAGUAAAAAAAAAAGUGGAAAUUUCAGCGACCAUGAAUCGACUGUUAUUAACUAUUUCUAUAAAAAUAUAAACAAAGAUAAUGUGCACCCUUUGAAGAGGUCAAGUAGUUGCCCUCUUUCCUUUUCCGAAAGUCAUGACUCGUCGUCUGACGGUGAACCUGGCACGGACUCGAAUGAGGAGAAGCAAGUCAGGAAGUACGGCUCCCUAAAUGUGAUGCUUCACAGUGAAUGCGCCUCCUCGAAGGAGGAAGGCCCCAGUCGCACGGGAAGUGGAGGCGACAGCCGUGAUGAUGGAGGCUGUGACAUAGGCGGUGAUAGCGGCGGUGGCCGCAUCGGUGACAGCAGCGGGUGCCCAUACAGAGAUAAACGCAGCCGAGAUGAAGGAGCAAACGGGGAAGACACGGCACACACCCAAAACACGCCAAAUACGCACAACGUGCACAGCGCAGGCGCCAAAAAAUUCUUCUUCAAAAGCAUCAGCUUCCCAGUGAACAAAUUCGAAAAAGCCAGAUACAACGAGAAGAAUCAAAAAAUGGAGCGCAUUCAAUUUUUGUACGAAAUGGAAAAGAAUUUCCAUGUAAAAGAUAAAAUAAUCAUAGAUGACGGCCAAUUGAAAGACGAAUCCAGCGAACAGAACGAGAGCCAGGCGAGUGACGACCAUAAGAUGUAUGACUCGUGUAAUGAAGAUAUGCGCAAAAUACAAGACAUUGAAAAUUACAAUAAAUUAAAAAAAGAAAUAGAAAAUAUUGUGUACACAAAUACGAGUAUGUAUUAUUCCUUAAAUGCAAUAUUGAGCAGGAAGUUCGAAAUUCAAAAGAAUAAAAAUUGCCUGUUGGGAAAAAUUAACGUCUUCUUAAAUUCGGUCAUGUUUUUAACAGUCAUUUAUAAAAUUAUUAUGUCCAUUCUGAAUAUUAUAUUUAUAAGAAUAUACAUAAGGGAUCCUUUUUCCAAGAUUAUCGAAAAGAUGUGUUUAUUUUUUAAUAUCAAAUAUAAUAUAGCUAUAAUUUAUGGGCCAUAUAUAUCCUUAGUGUACAUUUCGUACAUCGUAGCAAUUAACAUGAAGAAAUUUUUACAGCAGGUUAUUCAGAUAUCGACUUAUUUUUCUUUUUAUUUUAAACUCUUUUCAAAUAUGUGGAUUUUGUUAAUUUCCGAAUUAAUGGGCCUCUAUUUUGUGACCAACUCUUUGCUCUUAACUUCCUACAUUCCUGUAAAUUACAAUCACAUUAUGAAUUUUGUCAUGGGAAAUAAUUAUGAUUAUAAUAUAUUUCAUUUGCACUCUGAUUAUGUUUUCAUCACGUCCUUUACGUCUACGUUAAUUUUUUGUGUCCUUUACAUGUUUUAUUUUUAUUUUUUUUAA